UUGCAUGGCAAGCCGUCCAUAACUUGCCAUAAUAUGUUAAGACGAAGUGGCGUUUGCGGUGUUUCAACAGCUCAACCGAUAGUAGCGGCUAAACAGGAUGUUGAGUUAACAGCUGACGCCCUUAAGAAUCUAAUGCCAACUUUGGAUCAGCUAGUGAAAGAGCAACGGCUCAGCGUAGAAAGGGCGAAUAAAAUUAUUGCCGAUCGUUUAAUGCCUUUGGUGUUGGCAAACUACUUAGGUUUAACAACAAUGUCCAGUGGUCAUGAGUAUUUACAGCCUCAGCAAAUGUUUAGUUUUAGUGUCUCACCAUUAUCGCUGCCAAAUAGCACUAGUAAUAGCAAUAAUCAAAUGGUAACACCAGCCGUCAGUGGUCCCCUGCUGCAACAACUUAAUACUAAUAUAGGCAGCAAUGUGCCAGCUGCGCUAGCUAGUCAAACGCCUGUAAUGGGCUUACAUUCCAAACAACUGUUAGGCGGUGCUGCCUAUCAAUUGCCACAAUAUGCGACGCCCGGUUCUAUAUAUUCAGCAAAUAGCAGCGCUUGCCCUUCACCUAUUUAUGGUAGUUUUAGCGGCUCUUCUUCGCCAAAUGCUUACCUAACGGGUACAAACAGUGCCAAUGGCGGCGGUGGAUCAUCUCCUUUACAUCAGAUAACCAAAGGUAUAUCUUACCUCAGCACGGGAGGUGGAGGUUCGAUAACACGUGGCACCUCAAUAGUAAGCGAAAUAACAGCGGUUCACAAUCAACAGUUAGAUCUCUCUAUGGACAUCAGCUCACCAGAAGAUUCUGAGACGCCACAGGGUUCUGUAACACCUCAAAAUUGGUUUAAUCCGGCUUCUGCUUAUUAUGAUAUCAAACCUUUGAAUUUAUCGCUGGCUCAACCUGUUAGGGUCGUCACCACGCCUCCGACAUCGCCUAACUUGUGCAUAAUACAAGAAGAGAAUAGUCAUGGACAAAUGUGUCAUACAAUUAGCACUGGAACACCUUACGCGGGAUGCACUGGUGGCAUUACACCAACACCGACAACUGGAAACGUUAGCGGUGAUUCUAGCCCUACACCAAAUCAACCCUCACAUCCUCAGAUAUGCUUAACGGACGUGCAAGGAAGCGAAAUAACUUUGGUGGCCUUAUCUCCUGAAAACAGUCGUGAUAGCGAUAUUGACGCUGCAGAGUUGCAAACAACACCCUUGAUGUCUUUGCAAGGUUUGAUUAUUACCGAGCCCUCGCUGGAUAUGCCAUCGAUAACAAGAGGCAUUGGUCGUAAAACGAGUUUAGAAAGUGAACAACACAGUACAACGCAUACGCAAACUGGUGAGGGUAAUAGACGAGGAAGCGAUAAAUCAUUGGGUUUUUCUGAUGAUUCAUUGAGCAAUGAUUCAAAUAAUUUAUCACCCUGUCAAGAACCUUCCGCUAGUUCAGGUUUUAAGUCUGAUUCACAUUCCGAAAUAGGCGAUCCAACUGAGGGGCAUUUAACACCCGAUUCUCUAAGUGAAUUAAGACGCAUGUCCGAUGAAAUGUGUUAUGAGGUACCUCUUCCACAUGAAUGUUCUAAUCUAGAAACCAGCCGCAUUUUGGAAAUAGUUAAGCAAACCAUUGAUUCCACUAUGCCGCCCAAAGGGUUUAUUUUGCAUAAGAGACAAACAAAUGAAGCAAUGGAUGGAACAUGGAACAUCUGUAGAGUCGAUUCUUCUCACGUCUGCUCUGUUAUGGACACUGGCCAAGCUUUAACCAAUUUAAGUCUAGAAUAUUCCGGUGGUUUACAAAUUGAAGUUCAAGUAUGUGAAGGCCGAAGUCGUGACAACCAAAUAGCAGGUAAAGGUAUUAAGCUAAGACGGAUAUCGGGCGAUCAAUUCGAAUACGGGAAAUUAUGCCAACAAUUGAUUAGCAAUUUAAGCAUGCAACAGGUGGCCGGUUAGCUAGAGUAAGGUUAAAAACAAAAUUUUUGGUUUUAUGUAAUUACAGAUUUAACGGAAUAUUCUGUUGGAAGUAGAGGAGUAACUGUUGUAUGUAAAUUUCUGUAAUAUAUUUUAGUGAGUUUUUUUUUGGAAUUUCAAAUUUCUUUUGAAAAAUUAUGUACAAAAAAAAAAUUUGUAAAAUUAAUGAAAGUCAAUAAAUAAAAACACUAGAGAAAAAUAAUUUCAAUUAUGCUGUAGUUAGUAUAUAUCGACCGUUUAAAAAAUGGUCCAAAUAAGAAUGUUUCACUAAUAACAUUAUUAUCUAGUGUAUCCGUGUAUAAGUGCUAAACAACAGUUCGAUAAAUCGUACUAUUUAUAAAGUAAUAUCGUCAGUUAAUCAAGUUUCAAUUUGAUAUAUUCUUUUUUUUUCGAUAAAUCGCAUUUCGUUCGUAAAUUGUUUAAGUAAAAAAAAAAAGAAAGAACUCUUAACGGUAGCAGAUGUUGAUCAGGAGCUUGUGGUGCAAAUAUCUCCUUAGGCUGUCGGGCAUUGUUAUUAACAAGUUCUUUUAAUUUUGCUUUGAAUUGGUCAAUAUGAGAAAUUUCGAAAAAGAAAAAUUGGUUGCUUUAUAAAUUAA